GCAAGCAAACAAGCUAGCUAUCUAAUGGCGCCGAUUCACAGCUCGCACCGCCUCCACGGCACACUGCUUCUGCUUGUGCUCGUGGCCGCCACUGCCUUUCUGAGCGCUGCCGCGGGGCGAGAGGAAGCGCUGGCUGCCCGGCACGAGCAGUGGAUGGCCAAGCAUGGGCGCUUGUACACGGACGCUGCCGAGAAACUGCACCGUCAGGAGGUGUUUGCGGCCAACGCAUGGCACGUAGACGCUGUCAACCAGGCCGGCAACCGGACGUACACGCUGGGCCUCAACCAGUUCUCUGACCUCACCUACGAAGAGUUCGCGGAGAAGCACCUCGGGUACAGUCACCAGCCGGUGGCCACGGUGAACAUGUCCAAGGCUCAGUUCCGGUCCACGCCGGACAGUGUGGACUGGAGGGGCGCCGUCACCCAAGUCAAGAAUCAACUUUCAUGCGCUUGUUGCUGGGCGUUCGUGGCGGUUGCGGCGACCGAGGGGCUCGUAAAGGUCGCAACCGGCAACCUCAUCUCCAUGUCAGAGCAGCAGGUGCUCGACUGUACCGGCAGCCGGAGCACCUGCAAGGGCGGGUACAUCAACGACGCGCUGAACUACAUCACCGCCAGCGGCGGCCUGCAGCUGGAGAAAGACUACGCGUAUAGCGGCCAGCAGGGCGCAUGCCGCAGCAGCGGCGUCAGUCCAAAUUCGGCCGCCUCCGUCGGUGCCCCCCGGUUUGCGAGCCUGCACGGCGAUGAGGGUGCGUUGCAGGAGCUCGUGGCCAGCCAGCCGGUGGCCGUGGCCGUCGAGGCCGACUAUGACUUCCAGCACUACUUUGCCGGCGUGUACACCGGCAGCUCGUCGUGCGGGCAGAAGCUGAACCACGCCGUGACGGUGGUGGGCUACGGGAACGUUGACGGCAGCGAGAAGAUGGAGUACUGGAUGGUGAAGAACCAGUGGGGGUCGGGGUGGGGCGAGGGGGGCUACAUGCGACUCACGCGCGGGAACGGCUCCAAUAACUGCGGCAUGGCCACCUACGCCUACUACCCGACUUACGACCUUUCUAGCAGAGGAGGUAUGUACCGUGAUGCUCUCCAACCGGCACCUAUAAAAAUUGAACCUGAGGUGGAUUUGCUGUUUCUCAAUACGACACCUUAUACACAGAUCAAUACUUCCUCCGUAUAG